AUGUCUGCAGAGAAGAAGCCAAAAAAGAAGAAAGAGGAGGCCAAUGGCACCACAGAAGCCAAGUUGAAUGGAUCUGAGGCCAAACCCAAAAAAACAAAGACCAAGAAGAGUGAAGAUGCAUCAGAAGAGGAAAGCCCUGCCAUUCAAAAUGGAAAGAAGGUAAAGAAAAAGAAAACAGAAAAGAGUAAAGACGAUCCGGAAAAAGAAAAGGAGAAAGACAAAGAGAAAGAGCCGAAAAAGAAAACCAAAAGUGUUCCAAAAAAGAAGAAAGAUUCAGGCUCAGAUGACGACAAUGAUGACGACGAUGAUGAGGAUACCCCCAAAAAGAAAACAAAGAAAAAGACAACAAAGGACAGCUCUCCAUCUGCAAGUUCUGGCAAAGAGAAGAAAUCUAAAUCUAAAGAUGAGAAAGAUUCUGAUGGAAAAGAAAAAAAGUCCAAGUCAAAGGAUAAAGAGAAAGAGAAGGAUAAGAAGAAGGAACCAUCCUCAAUGUUCCAGAUAAAUGGAGAUAAAGACUCUAAAAGCAAAAAGAAAGCUGCCAAAUCAGACAGUGAUGACAGUGAAGAGGAGACAAAGUCAAGCAAGUCAAAGAAGAAAUCCACCGCCGGCGCAUCAUCCAUGUUCCAAGCGUCUGGAGACAAGGACAAGGACAAGGACAAGGAUAAGGACAAGGACAAAGACAAAGACAAGAAGACAAAGAAGAAAGGCAAGUUUACCACUCAUCUCUUUGUCCUCUCUCGUUGAGUCUCUGGAAAGUAUUUAAUAAACCUGUCGUUUCCAUCAGGAAAGGCAGAAGAGAGUGAUGAUUCUGACUCAGAAAAAGAGGGAAAAUCAAAGAAGAAGAAGGGCAAAGGGAAGAAGAAAAAGGAGAGAUCUCCAUCACCUGAGAUUGAGUUUGACAACUUGGAGAAGUUUGUGAUGGAUCCAGCUCCACAGGGCGUGACAGUCAAAUGCAGAGUGACUCGAGACCAGCGGGGGAUGGACAAGAGCCUUUAUCCUCUUUAUUAUCUUCAUCUUGACAAUGAAAAAAAGACAUUCCUGUUGGCUGGGAGGAAAAGAAAGAAAAGUGCAACUUCAAAUUAUCUCAUCUCAAUCGAUGCCACAGAUUUAUCGAGAGGAGGAGAGAAUUUUGUUGGGAAGCUGAGGUCAAAUUUAAUGGGGACUAAGUUCACCGUAUUUGACAAUGCUCUGAAUCCAGAAAGAGCUCUUCCAGACAUGUCUAAUGCACGGCAGGAGCUAGCAGGCAUCAUCUAUGAAACAAAUGUGUUGGGGAUGAAAGGACCCCGAAGGAUGGCGGUAAUCAUCCCGGGAAUGGACAAAGACAACGAUCGAGUACCCCUCCGACCAAGAAAUGAUUGUGACGGCUUGUUGACAAGGCACCAGAAUAGAAGGAUGGAAAAUCUGAUCGAGCUUCACAACAAGACGCCUGUGUGGAACGAAGAAUCAGCGUCUCAUGUGCUCAACUUUAACGGCAGGGUCACCCAGGCCUCCAUCAAGAACUUCCAGAUAGUCCAUAACAAAGACUUGGACUACAUUGUGAUGCAGUUUGGACGAAUAGCCGAUGACAUUUUCACACUGGACUUCAACUACCCGCUGUGUGCUGUGCAGGCCUUUGCCAUCGCACUUUCCAGUUUUGACGGCAAAAUCGCCUGUGAAUAA